UCAAACUCUUACCACCUCAUCCUCUCUGUGCACCACCAACCAUGGCCAAUGCUGCUGCUCUUGGUCCGCAGCCUGACUUCACCGUCAUGGCGGCCGGUUGCGACGAGACGGCCAACACUCUCACCAACACGGCCAAUACUUUCGCCAACGCUUUCACCAACAUGGCGGUACAAAUUCGAAACUGCCAGAAUUUGCCGACUGUGCGAGGCGACAACGAGGUCGUGACUUUGUUGCGGCGCAUUGAUGAACGACUCGAUCGCAUGGAGGAACGACUCGAUCGCAUGGAGGAACGACUCGAUCGCAUGGAGUUGCGCUUUGACAACCGCAUGGACCGCCUUGAGAGCGAGAUUCGUCGUGUCAACGUGCACCAGCUGAACAACCAAGCGCGCCUCGAGAACAGCCACAUGAUCGCCGGCAGCGUCGAUGAGGACCUCGCGCCGCUCUAUUCGUUGACGGCCGCCAAUGCCCAGCCCCAAGUUAUCGCAAACUUCCCCUCCCGCAUCGAGGACAUCAGCCAGUUGGAAGGUGGACGAGUCAACGAGUUGCUCCGCCAUUUGGAGCAGGGUACUACCGGGAACCUGGCCCAGCGCAAGACGAGGCUCAAGAAAGCGGUAGGGGGGUACAUGCGCCACACUGGCGUGAAGGUCUAAGCUCUGCGGCAUUCCUACUAGCGUUUGGGGCAAGGCAUUGUUUGUUAGCACUAGCAUUAGGCUGGAGUUACGGAUUUGCAUGCGGUGGCUACGGAAGCCGACUGGCGAAAGAGAGGCCUCAUUAGGUAAUUCACUCGAAUAGCA